GGCGACCAUCUCAGUGACUUCGUCCAAGAUCAAAACUGGGAAGGUUACCUGAGCACCAUGUCACGUGAUGGGACGUGGGGAGACCACAUUGUCCUACAGGCCAUGGCGGACAUGUUUGGUCAUGACGUCAGCAUCGUGUCCAGUGUAGAGGCGGAGAACUACGUCACCAUCCUGACACCAAGUACCGGGACUGUGGGCACGAAAGAACCUCCUCUGCUCCUGGGGCAUUAUGCCGAGAACCACUAUGCAAGUCUGGAUGUUCAAUCCUCUGGGCAGGUGACCACGACAUCUCCACAACACGGGGACACUCCCGAUGGCAACUUAAAACAUGGCAAACAUGCGGUUCUCUUGGUCAACGACGAGUACGGCACGGCGAAGGGUGGCGUGUCUACUAUGAACCGCCAGGUGGCGCGCGCCUUGAGGAGUAGAAAAGUAAAGGUGUACAACACAGUGCUGUACCCAGACGAAAGAGUUGACGAUGGCGUUCAACUGCUGUUCCCCGAAGUCCAAAAAGGCGAUCAAAGGAAACCCAUUCUCGACUGGCUCACGUAUGACCAUCGAAGUCGUUAUCCAAGUCUUCCUGAAGACAUCGGCUACAUCAUUGGCCAUGUAGAUAUCACCAGCAAGGCCGCAAGAGCGCUCAAGGAACAACGCCUCCAACACGCGAAGUUCUUUCUCUUCGGCCACGUGAUACCAGAAGAUACAGAGCACUACAAGAGUGACGAACGGGCGAUGGGGAUCGGAGACAAGCGUAAAGCCAUCCAAGAUGACAUGGAACAUGCUGAUGCGAUAUUCUCGGUGGGGCCUGUCAUCUAUGACUACUACCAGAACGAGAUGAGGGAGUCAAAACCGCACUACAUGUUCCUGCCUAAACCGUCAGACAUCUUCUUCAACACCAAGAGGACGUACGUGGAAACGGAGACGAAAGUUGUGCUGUCCAUCGGCAGGGUCAAGGGCGUGGAGAAGCUGAAAGGCUACGACCUUGUCGCCAGCGCCAUGCCUGACGUCAUCCAGCGGUUCCCAAGAGCAAAGUGGCGAGUCAAAGGGAUACGGAAGAACGACUUCCAACGAAGCAAGGAGAUCAUCGAUGCUAACAUCAGGUCAGGCUCCUUCCACUUCACACCCCUGGAGUACGGCACGCAGGAGGAUCUGUGCCGUGACAUCCAGCAGGCACACGUGGUCCUCAUGGUGUCCCGAGCCGAGCCGUUCGGACUUGUCGGCCUGGAGGCUAUCGCUGCCGGUGUUCCCGUCAUCAUCUCCGAAAGGUCCGGGCUGGCUGAGUUCAUCAAGAAGGACCUGGACCCCGAGUUCGACCGCAACAUCGUCGAGAUGGAGGGAAACGAUGAAGAAGACGCGAAGAGGCUGGCUAAGAAGAUCAUCAAGAUCCUGGAGAAAGGAAAGAAGGAACACGACGCUGCCCAAAGGCUCAAAGACAGACUCUGGGAGUCGAAGUACUGGGAGAAAUCCCACGAGCAGUUUCUUAAGGCCUGUGGCGUGGACGGCUGUUGUAACAGCACAGGAGACGACGCUGGUUACGCAUCACGGAGUGGUAAUCGUGAUCGUCAGCAAGUCGCCACCAGCACUGUGUCCAGCGAGAACCGAAGCAGUAACCAGUCGGAGACACCGGCACCGGCAGUCGCUACCAGCCCGACGGAUGCAGAAAUAAGACAGCAGGUCCGGAGCAUCAGCUACAGCGAUACUGGCGAAGUGACCAUAAUGGACAGAAGGAUUCGCUACAACACAUCUAUGAGGUUCGAGUUCAACACACUGCAGCUGAUCUUCUACUGCGAAGCGUGGGACGUCGGGACCGGCACGUCCGACAACUCCGGUAAACGCGAGAGUCGCCAGGGGGCAGCUGAGCACGCGAUCGAACACCUGUUCAAACGGCUGAGGGGAGACGGGGUCAUUUGAGGACUUUCCGUUGUACUUAGUUGUCUGUUUUCGUAUGGGAAUGUAUCAAUGUAUCAUGGAAGCUCAUCUGUGUUGGUAGUAAUCAUAGUACAAUGCUAAACUUUCUUCCAACACAAAGACAUGCACGGAUCACAUUUUCAACAACCACUGUCGCCUUCUUCAGGAUCAAUACUGAUGACCAAUCACUUAAGAACGUAAAAUCGCGAGAGUUUUAGACAUGUGAUCGAUAUCUCAGAGUAGUUUUAGCCUGAUAGUUCGUGGUACAAAUGUAAUCAGAAGCUGCUUUGUAUACAGAAGUAUGAAAUUUUAUAGGUUCUGAAUCUGAAAUGUUCAGCCUAUAUAACCGCCAUUCGGGG